AUGCCUAUUCUCGAGCUUUUCAAUGACCUCACGAACAUUUUCUCGACAGACGAUCAGCAGGAGCAGCCUGAAGUCGUCUUCUCGGAUUUUCAGGAUGAUGGUCGCAAGAACGCCGCUCAUUCUCUGUUCUUCUUGGAUAAUAUACGUGCCCUGAUGGUCGCAAUUUCUGACUACACGUCUGACGCGUUCUUGUUCACUGGAGGAAACAACGUCAUGCUCCGCGAUGGACGUGGCCAACAGAGAUACGAAGAUAAGCCUGUCGCAUGGAAUUUUGGUAUUGCAGAAUCAAGCAAUAUAUACAUCUUGAACAAUAUCAUCAUCCUGGCCGGUUCUGACAAUGCCCUGAACGUAUGCAGGGAGGGAUUUUCGGCUGCAGACACCGAGUUGCUUUUCAAAAACAGCUAUGUCGUUAACGGAGAUGACUAUUUGGCUAUCGUCAGCGGCGCCAAGAACAUCGCCUGGAGCUUGUUUCAAGAGCUAAAGAAACGUACGAGUGUAACAUGGAAGGAUAUCACAUUCAUUGACGCGACGUUCCCUAUUUACCUCCUCGUCCGCCACGAGACUCGCAUUGGAAACUUCCUGUUCGAUCACUUUGUGGGCGUGAUUAACGAGUAG